UUAGCCCAUCCUUUGCGUUUUGCACUUUCGCUGAACAUCUUUUGGACAAACAUUUUCACAAUAACAUCGCGCUGGAAAUUCCAUCGUUAGACUAUAAAACGUGUAAUAAGAAGUUAAGUAACAUUCUGUAUGUAGACACCUUCUUUCCAUUGGAGCAACGGUGUAUGCUCUGGACGUGGUUUCUUUCCCUCGAAAUGCAGUUCUUUAUUGUAGCGUGCUUGGUUUUACUUCUUGCCGAGAUUCACUCGGUAUAUGCUGUAAUUAUUGGAAUGGCUAUGUUUUUCAUCUCCAUUCUAGCUUCUGUAGUUUGGGAAUCGGAUCCGACGACCAACGAAGAAUUUUCAAUUUCGAAAUAUAUGCAAUAUGAAUUGGCUCAGUUCCAUUUGGUUUUCGAUAACCUCUGUCUGCGCAUUUCACCAUAUGUUUUGGGAGUGUGUGUCGGAUAUAUCCUGCAACGGACGCAAUCCAACAUGAAAAUAAACACUGGAAUAUUAGUUUGUGGGUGGCUUGCUUAUUUGCUAAUAUUCGGCUUGUUUAUAUUUGCUUACAAAUAUGGCUAUGAAAUUCUACUUCCCAACGCAGCCGGUGGACGCUGGUGUCAGGCGAUACUCUUCACCAUAUCCCAUGCUAUGUGGUCUUUGAUGCUGCUCUGGACUACUCUCACAGCUGAAACUCACCAGACUUGGAAACCAUUGAAUUUUCUACUAGCUGGGAGAUACUUGAAUGCUUUGGAGCGCUUAUCGCCGGUCUGCCUUCUUGGAGCUCCAAUUAUAAUUCGUCUGCUCGUAUUCACAACCGAUGCACCCAUUUACAAUUCUAUAGGACAAACCUUUUCCCUAUUUGUUGGAUGUUUGCUAAUGACUUAUCUAAGCGCGCUUUUGCUUCAUUUUUUAUUUGAUGGGCCACUCUGCGCCAUUCUCCAGGAGACUUUAUUUAAAUAAUCGUAUAUUUAAACUAUAUUUAAACUGCACUUAAAUGCCCAAUAUUGGCUAUUUAAAUAUGGAAAAUGCAACCUUGCUCCCUCCCAAGAAACAGCUGAUUACUCCCAGAAAAAUAUAAAAAUACAUAAACUAACGAAAAUAAUUUUAUAAAUAUUUAAUUUGCAAAAUGGAUUCAAGUGAUCAAAGCGAUACGGAGUGUGAAAUUUUAGAGCGCGUGAUAAUAGCCCGACGUACACGGACUAUAAGAGAUGCGCCUAGUCGUUUCGGAAACUUCGAUGAUAAGAACUUCCGAGACAGGUUUCGAAUAAGUAAAGCGGCAGCAUGGAUGGUGCUACGGAUGAUAGGGGAGCAAAUACAACAUAAAAUAACAUGGAAUAGUGCUCUAACCCCCGAGGAAAUGCUUCUGCUGAAUUUGCGGUUUUAUGCCACGGGCUGCAUGCAAAGGACCGGAGGGGACUUAAUGGGAGUUUCUCCCAGUACUGCCUCCCGAGUAAUAAGAUUGGUUUCUCACCAAAUAGCUCUGAGGCGAGAAGAGUUCAUUGCGUUUCCCCCAACUGCAGAAGGGCAAAGGCAGGUGCAACAAAAAUUUUAUUUGAUGGCCAGAUUUCCGCGCGUACUUGCGGCUUUGGACUGCACACACGUAAAAAUAAUAUCCCCAGGUUAGAGCAAGAAGUUAAAAACAAAUAUAAAAAUGUCAGUAUAUAUUUACAUUUAUGCAUAAAUAUAUAUGUAAUUUUUAUAGAAGGUAAUGAUGCAGAGUUAUAUCGCAACAGAAAAGGGUUUUUCUCAUAUAACGUUCAGACGUUAUGUGACAGCGACUUGAAUAUAUUAGAUAUAGUAGCUCGAUGGCCUGGUUCCACACACGAUGCCACAAUCUUGCGAAAUUCGCACAUCUACAGUCGCUUUGAAGAUGGCCAAUUUGGUAGUUGCAGAUAGCGGUUAUCCGUGUAAUCAGUGGAUAAUGACUCCGUUAUCCAACGUUCGUACUCCUUCAGAAUCGCUAUACAAUGAAUCGCGAAUUCGAACGAGGAACUAUGUGGAACGGUCUUAUGGCGUGUGGAAACGAAGGUUUCCUGUUCUUUCGCUGGGUAUUAGGCUGAAUACCAAGCGGGUAGAAAGUUUUAUUGUGGCAACAGCAGUUUUGCACAACAUCUGCAAUCAAAUAAAUGAAAUAAGUGCUCCACCUAUUUCAGCAGAAAUCCGCGAUCAUAUUCAAGAUGUUUUACACAUGCCAUCCGUUUCCAUUACCCAUACCAAGAGCAACAUUAGAAGAGAAUUAGUUAAUAGUUAUUUCCAAAAUUUGUAAAUACACCGACUCACAUACAUAUCGUUACCUUAAUAUAGAAAGGCCCUAUCUCACAAUGUCGCUGAAAUACAAAAAGCCGUAACUAAGCAAAAAUCCGAAAUGCCCGCUUCGAUUGAUUAUAAUGUAUUUCAUCGAAUUAUGUGUCCCCAAACCAUUUUAAGAAAUAAAAAAUUUUAGUCAGUUACGGCUUUUUUGCA